UUUUUGGUGGAUUUUGACAGUGGAAUAACAUGCUUUUUGUUCCCUCUGGUUCUUGACUGUAUUGAAUUUCAAUUAAUUUUAAAAACAAUAUAAGGCUGCCAAGUUAACUAAGGAACUAAAAGACUUGCAACGAGACCCACCAGCUCAAUGUUCAGCAGGUCCAGCAGGAGAUGAUAUGUUCGCUUGGCAAGCCACUAUCAUGGGACCUUAUGACAGUCCAUAUCAGGGAGGAGUGUUCUUUCUUGCAAUUCAGUUCCCCACAGAUUACCCUUUUAAACCGCCAAAGGUUGCAUUUACAACAAAAAUAUAUCAUCCAAACAUAAACAGCAAUGGCAGCAUUUGUCUUGAUAUUCUGCGAUCACAGUGGUCACCAGCAUUAACAAUAUCAAAAGUUUUAUUAUCUAUUUGUUCACUCCUGUGCGAUCCUAAUCCUGAUGAUCCACUGGUUCCAGAAAUUGCACACAUGUACAAAACAGAUAAGGAAAAAUACAACAAGCAAGCAAGAGACUGGACUCAGAAAUAUGCAAUGUAGAAUCAUUGUUGGGUAUACUGCAACAAUCCAAUAGAAGAAAAAGUGACAACACUAUUUUUUCCAAUUGAAACACAUAGAGUUCACAAUAAAUAUUCAUUGUGGGCAAUAAGUACUGUAAAUUUUCUUAACUGCAAACAAAGUAUGGUCAUUGUCUGUUUUCAGAACUGCAAACUGUUCUUACAGUAAUUGCUAAAUGAGCAAUGAGGCCAGUAGUUUACCAAUAAAAUUCCACGUAGUGGUGUUUUUGCUAUUCUGACAAGCAUUCCAACGCUACUUCUGAUCUGUUAUCUGGUACAACUGUUAAUUCUAUGCAUUUUGGACUGGUAUUAAGUAUUUUCUGAGUCAGUUUUCUUUCACUUUGCUGCACUUGUGCCAAGAUGUUGGUGAGAAAUGUGGGAAUAAGCUGGUUGCCAACAGUGAUUUCAAUGUCAUAAACUGCACAAAUGUUGGCCUGCCCAUUCUUACUGCAUUCCAUUUAUUUACUGGAAGUCCUGGAGAUGCAUCGGUCUCUUGGUCAGACUUGGAGUCAGUUUUUUUUUUUAAAAAACUUGCGCAGUUGACCUAAUCACUCACCAAACCUUGUACUAUGUUGCAUCAACCAGACAAUAACAAAUUGAAAAUUAUCCCUUGUAACCAUCACAAUUAAAAUAGCAAUUUUCAAUCUGGUUUAAUGUCUUUUCAUUAGGGAUAGAAAUGUAAAUCUACAUGGUGCUGGCUCUUUAUAAUUGACAUAUAUACAGUAUUAUCUACCUCUGGUAAAAUAUAUCUUUCUUUGCCUAUCAUCCAUCUCACUGAUUACAAGAUUGUUUUGGACCCACCUCUAAUUGGUUUGAUAUGCUUACUUGUGUUUAUCCAAUUUGAAGUAAAAUUGCUGUUGUGAAUGCUUUUGACGUUAAAUGAUAGAUUAAAUCACAGCCAAUUUUCCAAUUGCCUGGAUUCCUUAAGCUUGAACUACAGCGUCAGAGACAAUUUUAGAACAUUUUGUCUCAAAGGUUUCUAAAUUAUUUAGAACAGUUAAAAUCAUGGAUAAAAUUUAUUUUGCAACCAAAAUGGAUGAUGCUUACUGCAAGCCUUGAAUCAUGACUGAACUUCUAUCUUUAUAGAUAUGACUGAAAAAUGCACUUUUUCUCUAAACUGAAGAGCUGAACUGCUGCAGUUGUAAUUAAAACAGUUGGACUGUUUUGCCAGUGAUUUGUCUUCUUUUAAAACGACCUCAUUUUUUUUCUGUUUGUCUGACUUACUCAUCCUUACUGAAACCUGGAAAAGUCUCUGUAUUACCGCAUAUUACUUUGCAAAGUACGUACCCUGUUUUGUGGUCUAUCCCUUACCCUUCUUAAAAGCCAGUUUUUUGCUCAUUUGAAACAUUUAACCCUGCCUUUUUAGUCUUUUAACCCACUGUCAGAAUCUCUGAACUUUAAACCCUAUCACCUUGUCUCUCCACGGAUGUUAGCUGACCUAUAGAGUGUUUCCAGAAUAUUUCAAUUUUUUGAUUUGACUUCCAGAAUCUGCAUAUCUUACUUUGUUCAGACUGAUGUUCACAGGGGCUGGCCCAUGAUGAACAGAAGUUGGAUUAAAUUGUCAAAUAGCCACUUUGAAGAAAACUUUAAGGCAGUGCCUGUAGGAGCUGGGCUUUUCGGUUAUAUCACUGGCUGAGAAAUGCAAAGCAAGAGACAAAAAGGAAUUUUUGUAAAAGAAACACGUCAGAGGCUUUUCUCCUCUUUUGAUAACUCAUGGCUAACUAUGCAUAUCUGUUUUAUUUUAAUUGUUAAAACUUAAAGCAAGGUCGCUAGGCUUGUCCAACUUUCACUUUUUGUCCAAAUAAAAAUGCUCACCAAAUUUAGUUCACAUUGGCAGCUGUUAUUUGUAUUCUAUAUAUUGUGUCUAGAUCUGUUUAAACAUUAAUAUUGGUAUUCUCCAAAUCCCCACACUAAUUUCUGACAUGGUAAUAGCUGAUAACUUUAGACUUUUAACACUGUGCCUGUAGUUUGUAUGUACGGCAUGGUAUUUGCAACAAAAACUCUUUUCUAGUGAAAUAUAUAAAAUUCAACUUGAAAGUC